AUGGGUGGUGAUGAUGAUCAACACAUACGAAAGGGUAAAUCCCCCAUGACUGAAGAGCAACUAUUGAAAGAUUUGGAAGAGAAAGAAAUACGAGAAAGUUUAUUAGCCACUAUGCAGAUGAUUGGGAAGAUGACCAAGGAUGGUAUAGAGAAAGUACAGAGAGUAAGUGACUUGUUGUAUGAUAUUGAACUCGAUCCUCUCUGGGAAGAAAUGCAUGCUGCAAUGAAUGAAAACAAAGCGGAAGAGAACCCAGUUGAAAAACCGGUAGAGAAACCGGUACAGAUUUUGCAAAAGAAGCGUCAUCUUGAUCUUUUCAUAGAUGAAGAAGAGGAGGAAAAGUUGUGGGAAGUGCAUGGUAAAAAGAUGAGGUUGGCUGGAAUGGAAGUAAUGAAGAAAGAAUAUGGGCUUCCUGACAGUGAUGCAACUGCUUCCGAAGAUGAACAUACUAUUUCUGUCCUAAAAGAGAUGAUUGAGGAAUUUCGCGAAGAUGAGAGAUUUGGGAUUAAUGAUGCAGUGUUGGCCCAAAAUACCGAUUCUGAAGAUGAAGACGAUGAGGAAGAGGGGUUUGAUGAGGAGGAAGAGGGGUCUGAUGAGAAGGAAGAGGGGUCUGACGAGAAGGAAGAUGAAUCUGAUGAUUCUGAUUCCGAGUAA